AUGAAUCCCGAAGUAUUUCCUAUUGAUUUGACCGUCGACAAGUCAAUGGUGAAAGAUGUUUUACGUGCUCUUUUGCACACGGUACUUUUCUAUCGCGUGUUUCUGAAUAUAAAGCCACGUGAGGUUGAUCUGUUAGAACUGACAUACGUGAGUAUUGAUGAUUUCUUAUUAAAUACAUUUUCAAUUCUUGAAAAGGCAGCAAUUGAUGAUCCAGAAAUCGAGAAAGAAGUCGAAGAGAAAGUGAUGCAGUUUGUUCAUAUGAUGGAAAGUCAUGGGAAUCAAAAAGGACAGAUUGCAAUAAUGUUCCACGAGAAACGCACGAAAAAAGCAUGGUUCAGUAAAUCAGAAGAGGAAAUAUGUUGGGAACAGUGGGCGCUAACUAUUCAUACAGUGAUGUGUCGAACGGAAAUGGGCAACAUUAUACGGUUCGUCAAUGAGAAAAAAGAUCAUAUUCCCUCGAUAACGGAACAUAAUCGUAAUCCUUUUCCAUAUCAGAUUGUAAUUGCAACUACUUAUGAUUCAUGGGGAUCAAUGCUAAAACGGAUACUAUAG